AUGGGCGAUGGCACUGGAAGGUCUUUGUUCCAGUCAUAUAGGGUAUUUCUGCUAAGUCUGGUCGUCUGUGUCAUGCUAAGAAUUGUAUUUACUGCGGAAGUGGAGAAGACACUUGUAGCAGGAGCAGACACAGGCGGCUCGGAAGGUCUUUGUGAAAAAAAUUGGUACACACUGGAUCCUCGGGUGAACAAGCCUCAGCAGUUGGGUCUGCAAAGCAUCAACUUUACGCGGGGCCGGCGUCGGAAGCGGGCCUCAUUGGCAAAUACACAACAUGGCAGCACAGUGGCAGAAACUCUAGCAUGGUGGGCGAGCCAAAACGACGGCACUAGACCUGGGACGUUGUUGCCGCAAGGGGAUGCUACUGAUUUUAGCGUGAGCCAUGGCCCUCGCAAAACCAUCCGGAAAGCACCGGCGAAGGGCUCCAAGAAAGGGUGUAUGAAAGGGAAAGGAGGGCCCGAGAAUGCUCAAUGCAGCUACCGAGGAGUGAGACAAAGAACUUGGGGCAAGUGGGUGGCUGAAAUUCGGGAGCCCAAUCGCGGGUCCAGACUGUGGCUGGGCACUUACGGAACUGCGGAGGAGGCUGCGCUCGCCUAUGAUGAAGCCGCACGAGUGCUGUAUGGUCUCAAUGCCCUCCUCAAUUUGCCAGAUAGGGGUCCAACUGCCCCAGCCUCGAAUUUUGGCGUCAGCGAAGGUAGUCGUAACAAUCAGGAAAACAGUGGCCUCGGCUACCGCAAGUCUAAUCUUGGAGGCGGGCCAACGGAGAGUGCAGCAUCAGGUACUGUACCCGAUGGUCAGGAUGAGGGGUUGGACACCGCAGAUUCGGGGUCUCCACGCAAACUUUUGGAGGCAUCCAUUGCUGAAAUGUCCAGGACGUCCCCACGAAGACUUGCAGCGGAAGCAAUACUUCCCGAAUCAUCCAGCAGCUGGCUCGAGGACAAUGAUGCACAUGAACCCAAUGAGGCGCUUGACCUGGAAAAGGUCAGGAACGAGCAAAUCGUGUUCAACGAUUUACUGGAUGUGGAAGAUCUCGAUAUCCUUGAUCCCAAACUAGCCGAGCUACCCCGGCUCCUACGUUCCAACAGCGAUUCUAGCACCAUGACUGACUCGAGUGUGUUCUCCAAAGACUUGUGGGAGGAACUUGCAUGUCACAUGACGAUCUCUGAUGGAACCUUGGAGUCGGGCAAAUCAAAUGAUAGCAGCAGUUUGACUGCAAACAAUAUGGAGAAACAUGAUGUACGGUGUGAUGACGUUGAAGGCAUCUGCAUUAGCGAUGGGCAGCUGGUCUCGCCCUACUCACCAGAGGUGGAGAUGCUAGACAACUCGCCUUUGAUGCAAAAGAAACAGGCGUGGACAACAUUGCUGUCAGACCAGGCUUCGCCUUCAUAGAGUUUGGAGCCUUCCUACUUAAUCUGCAGGAGGGACUCCAGCGGGCCAUUUCUCAGGAUGUGGAUGCAACUACUGGUGGGUUUCCAUCACCACCCAACUGGUUUUUUUCACUUCAAUGAAGAUUACGAAUCCUUUUUGUUUGGGCAUUUUUUCUUCAUAGCUGUGCCUGUUGGGAAGCCUGCCUCUGCUUUGAACACACUAUUCGAAACAUGCAUCUUGUAGAAUACCCAUGUGGCGGGUGCAUAGGUCGAUUUGUACGAUGUUUCCCACAACCAUUCAACUAGUGGAAAUUAUCUGUUUAGUGGAUCCGACAUAACAAAAAACUGUUUGUAAAGGUUUCACAAAACAAUGCAUUGCGAAUUCUUUCCUCUAUCAAUGUAUACAUAUACAUAUAUUUUUUUUA